CCACUAUUUCCUCUUUAUCAUUCCACAUUUUCCAGCAAGAUUAUCAUUUGCAUUUUCUUUAAAUUGUUAUUCGAAAUUGAAGCCUUUAAAUUUCAACAGACAAACAGCGAGCGGCAGCUUAUAUUCUCGAGGUAAAGCUCAUUCAGAUAUAAAAUUCGAAUCAAAACCUUUUUUUUUUACGAAUUGGUUUAAACCUGGAGUUUGAAGCGGCUAAACUGAAAUUGACCCGAAGGAUUUACGAAUAAACUGUUCCUCCUCCCAGGGUCCUUGUGUGAUGCCAGUGAGCGAAGCAGCUUAAAGAGACAGAUAGACAGUAACAGACGCGCAAGUUUAUUUCAGAUGGGGCAGAAGCAUGAAAUGAAUCGCAGCGAAUAUUAAGAUGACAAAUGCAGCGGAGAGAGAGAGAGAGAGAAAAACAAAUCCAAUUGCAGACGGCGCCAAUGUAGCCAGCGUUUGGAGAAUGCGACCUAACAAAGUGGGAAAUGAUCGAAGGCUCCAAUGCUGCGAGAAACGACCGCGGAGAUGUGGGAGUGAAAAGCUACGGUACAAUUGAGGCUCACAACCGCUGGCAACUUGGUUUGGGUUUACGCCCAGCUAAAACGUGCAUGUGUGGAGCAGAAGGCAGAGUCGGUCAGAUCGUGUAUCCGCUAUCCCCCCGCUACCCUUCAUUGUCCUCGAAGAUAGGCACAACCAUGCUGGAGUAACUCAGCGGGUCAGACAGGCAGCAUCUCUGGAGAGGAGUGGCGCUUCGGGUCGAGACCCUUAUUCAUCCACGCCUGGUUGUAGCGGCCGCUUUGACCCUCUGCUUAGUCCCACCCCUCUCUCCCUCCCUUCUGCUUAGGAACACCAAGCCCUUUGAAAUACGCAGAGAUGGGCGAUUUAUAAGUGGCACCCACCCGAGGAUAUUCCAAGUUUUAAAAAAAAGCUGCAUAAAUCGCCGGAGAAAUGAACGGGCAAAUUCUUCCAGAGAAGUGAACUAUAGGCUCCAGAAUGACGAGCACAGAAAAUAAACCAGCCACAAAGACCCAGAAAAGCAUUGGCCAACCCGCUCUUCACUCCCGUGGUAAAGCAUCAAGAUCAAAUUAUAUUUCCAGAGAUGAUAAGAGUGUCAAAGGAAAAAUUAAUAUGCGCUCGCCCGCUGGGCUCUUCGUUAUACUGGGCCUGUUGAUUGUCUUGGUGGGGAUCGCUAUAGCAGUUGCUGGCUACUGGCCUUAUAAACAGUAUAUAACAGUACAGGCGCCAGGGAAUCGGCAGCCAACAAACAACAGUGAAUUGGCCGUCAACAUUCAACUUGCCAGAUCAAGGCUCCAUCCUCGACCGGGGCAAAGGAACGAGAAGCUGAAACUAAUUGGCCCACUGAUCAUGGGCAUCGGGUUAUUCGUGUUCAUCUGCGCGAACACGGUCUUGCAUGAAAAUCGGGACAGGGAAACCAGACUCCUGGCCCAGGGAAAGAUCUAUUCCAUCGCGGGCCAGGCUGCCAAUGGGGAUGACAGUGAAGCGGAGAGGACUCUGCAGGAUCCCAUUCCGUCUUCCACUGAGACCAGCGCCAUUGAAGAGACCAGCAGCGCCAUCUACGACCCCGAGCGCUCCUGUGACAACUCUGCAAAUCAUAAAAUGACGGCCCAGUUCGAGCUCCAUCACAAAAGACCGUCCCCGUCCGUCUCCCUUUGUAGCGUGGCCUCCGAGUCUGGCAACUCCAGCGAAGGGAACCUCAACGUCCCUUUAAAUUACGGCAGUGAGUCAGUCUCCACCGCGGUCUUGUUGCCGGUCAUUAAACUCAACAACUGUGUGAUUGAUACUCCAGUGGUCGCUGAUGUGGUGGAAGAUACUGAGCUCGGACAGUCGGUGACCAUGUUAUUGUCCACAGAGGAGCUGAGCAGGUUACAGAACCACGGAUACAUCCGCUCCGGCAGCAUCCGCAGCGCCGAUGAUGCUCCUCGCAUCGUGGACACGGACCAGCCCUCGCCUCGCCGGUCCUUCCCCAACAGGUUUAUUGGGAGGUUGUUCUUCUCGGGGGCCACCAGGAAGACGUACUGCUCGGACAUGCAACUCCACACAUCCUGCGGCCACCCCGGGGCCCGGGACCUCGGGAUUAACGCCAGCGAGCUCAGCCAACAGCAGCAACAUACAGAGAGGCAGCAGCACAGGAGUUGGCCACGUUUGGAUUGCAGCUACAUAAAGAAGUAUCUGAAGCUGGAAAACCGAGAGGACAGCGUGGACAAGUUACUAGAACAGGCCGAACGCGAGUAUGCAGGCGAGGAGCAGAAUGUUAAGGAGCUAAGGAAUGAAAGACUCUGAACAUUAAACGCAUUUGCAGAUGGGUUAAGAUAUUUAUCCAGGCAGCAAUUUCUGAAAAGAAAACCUUCCGAUGUGGUCUACUGAAAAUAUGGAUUGCGGAUUGGAAGCGAUUCGCAAAAACAUUGCUCCUUUUUGACUGAACUGUACCAAGCAGUGUUAGUCUUCCCACACAAGUCUAACUCUCCUAACCUGGUGGACAAUCAGCUGGGGAGGACAGAAUUGGAUCGUUUUCACUGGAAUGUUGGAAAUUGAGGGGAAACCCAACAGAAGUGUAUAAAAAUGAUGGGAGGCCCAGAUAGGCUAGACACUCAGACCUUUUCCCCAGGAUGGACAUAUCACAUACUAGAAGGCUUAGCCUUAGGGGGCAAAGUUUCAAGGAGAUGGUUGUGGAGGCAGAUACGGUUUAAGAGACUUAUGGAUAGGUACAUGGAUACGCAGGGAAAUAGAUUAUGUGUAGGCUGAUAUCAGUUGAUUUUUGCUAUAAUGUUCUGCAUUGACCUUGUCUCUCUCUCCCCC